AUGGCGGUGGCACCCCGCAGGAGGCUGCAGCGCUGCCUGCUGCUCCUGGUUGUCACUUGGGGCGCCACUUUUGUCCCCUCGCCAGCCCAGGCUUUGCAGAGGAUCGCCCUGCGGAGGAUGCCCUCCAUCCGCCAGACGCUGCAGGAGAUGGGGGUGAAGGUGCGGGAGGUGUUCCCGGAGCUGCGCCGGGCCACCCGCGGAGGAGGGGACGGUCCCCGCAACGGGACAGCCCCCACCCUGCUCACCAACUACCUGGAUACCCAAUAUUUCGGCGAGAUCAGCAUCGGGACCCCCGCGCAGACCUUCAAGGUGGUCUUUGACACGGGCUCGGCCAACCUGUGGGUGCCAUCCUACAAGUGCUCCCCACUCUACAGCGCCUGUGUGUCCCACAGCCGCUACGACUCCUCCAAGUCGCGCACGUACAUCGCCAACGGCACCGGCUUCGCCAUCCGCUACGGCACCGGCAGCGUCAAAGGCGUCCUCAGCCAGGACAUCGUCAUGGUGUCGGACAUCCCGAUCAUCCAGGUGUUCGCCGAGGCCACGGCGCUGCCCGCCUUCCCCUUCAUCUUCGCCAGGUUCGACGGCGUGCUGGGCAUGGGCUACCCCAGCCAGGCCAUCGACGGCAUCACGCCCGUCUUCGACCGCAUCCUGGCGCAGCAGAUCCUCCAGGAGGACGCCUUCUCCGUCUACUACAGCCGGAAUGCUCCCCUGAAGGCCGGCGGGGAAAUCAUCCUGGGCGGCAGCGACCCAGCCCAUUACACCGGCGACUUCCACUACGUGAACGUGAGCAGGAGCGGCUUCUGGCAGAUCCGCAUGAAGGGGGUGUCCGUAGGGGCCGAGACCCUGUUCUGCAGGGAAGGCUGCUCAGUGGCCGUGGACACGGGUGCCUCCUACAUCACCGGCCCCGCCGGCCCCGUGUCCGUGCUCAUGAAAGCCAUCGGGGCCACCGAGGCGGCCGAAGGCGAGUACGUGGUGGACUGCGAGCAGGUGCCUCAGCUGCCCAACAUCUCCUUCCACCUGGGAGGGAAGGUGUACGGCCUCAGCGGCCCGGCCUACGUGCUGCGGCAAUCGCAGUACGGCGAGGUCGUGUGCGUGGUGGCUUUCUCCGGGCUGGACAUCCCCCCUCCGGCCGGUCCCCUCUGGAUCCUGGGCGCCACCUUCAUCGGUCACUACUACACCAAAUUCGACCGGCGCCACAACCGCAUCGGCUUCGCCACCGCCCGCUGA